AUGAACUUCCUCUACUACACGUGGUUGCCAACCAACUACAUUUUUGACAAGGAGGAAUUACAAAAGCUUGUCAAGGAUACCCUUAAGGUGGCCCCAAAGGAUGACAUCAAUGCCAUCUUCAUCACCUUGCAGGAGAAGUUGGAGGAAAAGUACGGCUCUGCUUACAUCAACAAGUUGAACAUGGACGAUUGGGUUUUCAACAACGCCGGAGGCGCCAUGGGUCAGAUGUUCAUUCUACAUGCUUCCAUCUCGGAAUACUUGAUCUUCUUCGGCACCGCCGUCGGCACCGAAGGCCACACCGGCAUCCACUUUGCUGAUGACUACUUCACCAUCUUGAAGGGAGAACAGACCGCUGCGUAUGCAAACCAGUUCUCCAAGUCCGUCUACUUGCCAGGUGACCAGAACUUUAUGCCAAUGGGCAAGUUCAGACAGUAUUCGAUGCCUGCUGGCUCCUUUGCGUUGGAGUUAGCCCAAGGCUGGAUUCCUGCGAUGUUGCCGUUCGGUUUCUUGGACACGUUUGCGUCCACUCUGGACUUUGUCACGUUGAGCAGGACCAUAUACUUCACUGGCAAAGACAUGAUCAAGAACCUGCUGCAGGGUAAGUUUUAA